AUGUCUCAAAAUCUUGAAGAUGUGAGUAGUUGGAGCUUCAUACAAAUCCUCAACAAUCCUUCUACCUACCAUCAUCAACUCGAUUAUAAAGAAGACGAUAACGACGUCAACAUUCACCUAUCUUCUCUCGUCAUGAGCACGAAAAGCUUGGAGAUGUGCACGGAGAGCUUAGGAAACGAGACGGGUUGUUAUUUCAACGAAAGCAUGGAGGAAAGGGACAUUUCUCAUGGCAUUCAACGAUCAAAAUGUCGAGAAUUCAAGAAAAGAAUUAAAAGGACAGUGAAUUUCCCACCUCCGCUGACUUCAAUCAGCGGAAAUGAGAGGGUUAGAAUAAGAUCUCACCGUGAAGGCGGUCGUUUAGUGUUAAGAGCUGUAAGCAUACAUGCUUGCAGCUCUUACUUUAAAGCAGAGCGUGCCAAUGGCACGCUCACACUUUCGUGGCGAAAUGAUGGUACUAGUAGUAAAGUUGCACAAUUGGCUGAAGUUGAAAAUGGUGAAGAGGCAAAUAGUUGUAGAAAAUUAACUAGUGAAAUUGGGAUACUAAGAAGGUGUAAAGAAAAAAGUGGAAGUAGAAUUAAAGGGAUUUCAAAUUGGGGCCAAUUUUGGGUGGCCAUUUCCUAAA